GCCGCCCCCACCCAGGAGGGACAGUCGGGGACCCGCGCGGGCACUCAGGAGCCCGCGGCCCGGGUGGUGCGGGCGGCCCUGGCCCGGCUGCGGAGCGCUGCGCGAGCGGCGGGCUGGCUGAUCCCGAGGGACCCCCAGCGUGGCGGGCGCGGCGAUGAUCCUGGAGGAGAGGCCGGACGGCGCGGGCGCCGGCGAGGAGAGCCCGCGGCUGCAGGGCUAUGACUCCCUGACGCAGAUUCAGUGCAGCCAGCUGCAGAGCCGCAGGGCCCAGAUUCACCAGCAGAUUGACAAAGAGCUGCAGAUGCGGACGGGCGCUGAGAACCUCUACAGAGCCACCAGCAACAACCAGGUGAGAGAGACGGUCGCCCUGGAGCUAAGCUACGUCAACUCCAACCUGCAGCUGCUGAAGGAGGAGCUGGAGGAGCUCAGCGGUGGCGUGGACCCUGGCCGGCAUGGGAGCGAAGCUGUCACUGUCCCCAUGAUCCCCCUGGGCCUGAAGGAGACCAAGGAGCUGGACUGGUCUACACCGCUGAAGGAGCUGAUCUCAGUGCACUUUGGAGAGGACGGCGCCUCCUACGAGGCAGAAAUCAGGGAGCUGGAGGCCCUGCGGCAGGCCAUGCGGACCCCCAGCCGGAACGAGUCGGGCCUGGAACUGCUCACAGCCUAUUACAACCAGCUGUGCUUCCUGGAUGCGCGCUUCCUCACCCCUGCCAGCAGCCUCGGGCUCUUCUUCCACUGGUACGACUCACUUACUGGGGUCCCGGCCCAGCAGCGCGCCCUGGCCUUCGAGAAGGGCAGCGUUCUCUUCAACAUCGGCGCCCUCCACACGCAGAUUGGGGCGCGCCAGGACCGCUCCUGCGCCGAGGGUGCCCGCCGCGCUAUGGAGGCCUUCCAGAGGGCCGCUGGGGCCUUCAGCCUCCUGAGGGAGAACUUCUCCCAUGCGCCGAGCCCAGACAUGAGUGCUGCAUCCCUCUGCGCACUGGAGCAGCUAAUGAUGGCCCAGGCCCAGGAAUGUGUGUUUGAGGGCCUCUCACCACCUGCCUCCAUGGCCCCCCGAGACUGCCUGGCCCAGCUGCGCCUGGCGCAGGAGGCCGCCCAGGUGGCAGCCGAGUACAGGCUAGUGCACCGGACCAUGGCCCAGCCACCCGUCCACGACUCCGUGCCUGUCUCCUGGACUGCCCUGGUGCAUGUCAAGGCCGAAUACUUCCGCUCUCUGGCCCACUACCACGUAGCCAUGGCCCUCUGCGACGGCUCCCCAGCGACCGAGGGAGAGCUCCCCAUGCACGAGCAGGUCUUCCUGCAGCCCCCCACCUCCUCUAAGCCCCGAGGCCCUGUGCUGCCGCAGGAGCUGGAGGAGCGCAGGCAGCUUGGCAAGGCACACCUGAAGCGCGCCAUCCUGGGGCAGGAGGAGGCGCUGCGGCUGCACGCCCUGUGCCGCGUCCUGCGUGAGGUGGACCUGCUGCGGGCUGUGGUCUCCCAGACGCUGCAGCGCUCACUCGCCAAGUACGCGGAGCUCGACCGUGAGGAUGACUUCUGUGAGGCUGCUGAGGCCCCCGACAUCCAGCCUAAGACCCACCAGAAGCCAGAGGCCAGGAUGCCACGCCUGUCCCAGGGGAAGGGGCCUGACAUCUUCCAUCGGCUGGUUGGAUGGAUGUGCUGGUCAGGCGGGGUCUCCUCAGUGUGUGGCCCAGCUGGGCCUCUGACCUCUGAGCCCCCGCCAGGGGCCCCUGUCUGUGUUCUCAGCCAAGAACCGGUGGCGGCUGGUGGGGCCCGUCCACCUGACCCGAGGAGAGGGCGGCUUCGGCCUCACGCUUCGGGGAGACUCACCUGUCCUCAUCGCUGCCGUCAUUCCAGGGAGCCAGGCCGCGGCGGCUGGCCUGAAGGAGGGCGACUACAUUGUGUCAGUGAACGGGCAGCCAUGCAGGUGGUGGAGACACGCGGAGGUGGUGACAGAGCUGAAGGCUGCAGGAGAGGCGGGUGCCAGCCUGCAGGUGGUGUCGCUGCUGCCCAGCUCUAGGCUGCCCAGCUUGGGGGACCGCCGGCCCAUCCUGCUGGGCCCCAGGGGGCUUCUAAGGAGCCAGAGGGAGCAUGGUUGCAAGACCCCGGCAUCAACGUGGGCCAGCCCCCGGCCCCUCCUCAACUGGAGCCGAAAGGCCCAGCAGGGCAAGACUGGAGGCUGCCCCCAGCCCUGUGCCCCAGUGAAGCCAGCUCCGCCCUCAUCCUCGAAGCACCCAGGGUGGCCGUGAGGGCCAGGCUCCCUGCACACCUCAGCCCUGGCUCCAGCUGGCGGGAAGUACCAAGCAUGCCCUCCCCACCCAGAGGACCUCUGGGCAGUGCCUGCCCUGCCUCAUGCCGGAGGCUGCCUCGGGCACCUGCCUGCCCAUUAAAGACUAUGGUCAGACCUGUCUGAGCCUAGUGAUGGGAGCUGUGGCCUCCUCACCCACACACAGGAGGGAUGCCAGUCCCUCUGCCAGUCUGAGGUCAGCUUCCUGGGGCUGCCCCGCCCUGAGGGCUCCUCACGGGGUGCUCCUCACAACCAUCCCGUCUGUACCCCCUGGCUCUGUCCACCCUGCUGCUGCCCUGGGCACAGACCCUGAGGUCUCAGUCCUGCCUCCAGCCAAGUUUCUGCCUGGUGCCCAGUGAUUCCUGCUGGGCACCCCUUUGCUUGCUGCCCCUCCACCAUGCAGCAGCCAGGCACACCCACAGCACCCACAGACCUCUAGGCCGGGUCCCAGACACGGCCUUCCCCCAAAACACCUCCUGCUGUCCUGUCUGUGCACAGAGCAAGGGACUCCCCACCUCUGCGCCCUGUGCUGGUCAUCCCGGGCUCUGUACUGGUCAUCCCGGGCUCUGUACUGGUCAUCCCGGGCUCUGUACUGGUCAACCCGGCAAGUGUCCCCUUUGCCCAGGAGUCCCCGGUGUUGUGGCCCAGGUCUCAUGGCAGCCCUAAGCCUGCCAGCCCUGCUGCCCGCCUUGCUGUCCUGCUCUGAGCAUGGGUGCCACCCUCCAGCUCCUGGGCAUGUCACCUCCCCCUGAGCCUGGGGCCUGCAUGGGCCCCCAGCCUGCUUGGGCCGCUCCUGCUGGCCUCCACAGGCCAUGAGCUCUCAGUGUCUCAAGCAGAGGAAGUGAGGGCUGCCUCCAGGCCUCCAUGUACUGGGUGGACAAUGGCCCCCAAAGGCCGUCGGCAGGAACACCACCCCCAGGACCCCCACAGCAGUGGGCUCAGGACUUGGGCACCAAGGGGAGGGGGUGGGAAGGGCUGCAGAGUCAGGGCAGGCCAGAGCUGCACCAGAGAGGAGCCACGGAGCCGGAGCGGAGGCCCCCACCGAGGGCCCCAGGGCCUGGCAGGUUCCGGAAGAGACAGGGCUAGCGGGAGUCAUUCCCUGCAGCCACUAGGGGGCAGCCGCCACCCACGGCACGGGCAGGUGCGCCUUGGGAGGGCUGAGGCACAGACCCCGGGUAGAAAGGCGGCCCCCAGCUCUGAGAGACCCCUGCCCUCUUGUCCAGUCGCUUCCGAGGGUCCCCAGGUGGGAGCAGCCCACCCUGCAUCCCAGGCUCCGGUUCCAGGGUCCAGGGCCCUGUGCUGCCGCCUCCCUCGUGCUUCAGCCAAGAAUAUGGGGGUGCGAGUGAGGUGUUUGGGGUCCCAGAGACGCAGGCGCCACGGUGCGAUCUUCCUGGGCGGGAGGGCGGGGCUCCCCAACCUGCUUGAGCCGGGGUGGGGGUCCAGGUCCCCCACUUGCCGUCGUGGGAAAAUCCCUGUCUCAGCAGAAUGGGCCAAGGUCACGCAGGUCUCCCCAGCACAUAUUAAUUUGGUUAAUAAAACUGCAUCAAGGAG